UUGCCCCCCUUCUCGGCUUCUCUGCCACAUGGCCUGAAUGCCUGAUGUGCACCCCAAUCCAAAACUACCGUACCUCCGCCGCCGCUCGGCGAUGCUCUCUGCCUUCUCACCACACAGCCUACCCCCUCCCUCUGCCGCUGUCCGCCGGAGCACAGCUCCCACCGCCAUCACAAUAACGAUGCGGGACCGGAGCAAGAACCGGAAACCGACGCAGCGCGGGCGCUACCUGAGCACCGAGGCCAUCCAGGCCGUUCAGUCCCUCAAGCGCGCCACCCUAUCCGGCACCCCCGCCGCCGGCGCCGUCGCCACAGACACCAAGCUGCGGCGGCUCCUGAAGGCGGACAUGGUCGCUGUCUUCCGCGAGCUCGCGGCGCAGGGCGAGGCCCUCCUGGCACUUAAGGUCUUUGAGGAGAUUCGAAAAGAGCACUGGUACAAGCCUAGGUUGUUCUGGUAUGUUGAUCUUAUUACAGUGCUCGCUAGCAAAGGUCUGCUGUCUGAGGUUUCCAAAGCCUGCUCAUAUCUGAAGAGGGAACAAUUAGAACCUGACACCGAUGGUUUCAAUCUUCUUCUGAAGACACUCCUAGAUGCUGAGUUUACACAAUUAACAAUGGACUGUUUCCGUCUUAUGAAACUAUGGAACAGUGAACCUGACAGGAUAACAUACAGAACAUUGAUCAAUGGUCUUGAAUCCCUAGGAGAGAUGGAUCUAUCUGCUAAGAUGAGGUUGGAAGCAGAAAAUGAUUAUGGAGACCUUUGGGACUACCUCGAUGAAGAAGAGAUGAUCGAGACUUGAACAAGAUGGGUCAAUGGUGGUCUUUAUAUUUACAAAGAUGAAGGGAAUACUUUCUAAAUAUUUUGCAGCGUUAGAACAUAUGGAUAGAAGUCCAUAAUCAUGGACCCAACAGAACUUGUUGUGGCAACAAGUAGAAGUACUGACUAGUUACUACUCACAUCCGCCUGAUGAUUCAGAAAUAUCGAAGAAGGGCUAUCGUUCAUGUUUUCUUCUAGGAGUAUAACUUAUUUUUGUUGGUUUGAGAAGUUCUCAUGUGCAUAAUCCUAUUGUCGAUUCCUAUUGUACGUUCACACUAUGUACAAUCAAUUAUUCAAAUCACUGCUCUUUUCUCAUAA